UGAGAUAUUAUUGUUAUGUUUCAGGAUAGCCAGGAUUUGGCUCUGUUCAAGACAAUAUUGACAUAUUGUGUAUUUAUAUUGGUUUUACCAGUAUGCACUUUCUUUGGGUCAAAGUUUUUUCUGUUUGAUGGUAUUUUGGGUCUGACAGCAAUGAACAGUAAUGUUUAUGCAGCAAUAGUUGCUGUAAUAUCACUGCACUUUGCACUUGGAUCAUAUAUCUUCCGAGCAUACUCGUAUGACCAACCACCCAAAGCUCCAGCUAAAGUCGAUUAAAUUAAAA